AUGUCGCUGCAGGCUUGCUUGAUUGAGACGAUGAUACUUUUUGGAGACAACGCUUACAAGUUGCCUCACAUGUCGAAGGAGAAGCAUGAGCGAAAGGGAAUGUUACCACUGAACGUGUCAUGCCCGCGCGAAGUGUUCGACGCCGCGAGGUCCAAGUUGGAUGGCAUGGCAUCCGCUGACCUGAACCGCUCGCUCGCUGCCGAGGCCCGCUGCAUCAACGAGCUCGCCCAGGAGCUAGAGGCAAUUGCCCUAUGCGACGAUGACAUGCUUGACGUCAUGAUUGGAGUGGGAAUUGAACCAAUUUGUGUAGAAGAUGACGAGUAA